AAAAAUGCGGUGUUAGCUAACUAUGCUAGCCAGUGUGCCACCGCGUACCUCUGUGCUUAAAUCAAUGGAGCUAAAAUUGUCUAGGCUAACUAAAGUCACCUUGCAGAAAAUUUGAGACGUCCCGGCUUCCGUACUUUGCGGAAAUAGUUUCUACGACGUGACUUGAGACAGCGAAAUGUUGCUAAUGUGGAACGCGUUUCGGGGAACUCUAACUCGUGCAAAAAAUGCCAAGGUUUUAAAACAUACUAAGGAAUUGCGGGCUUCCAUCUCCACCGGGCCCCAGCAGCAGCAUGGCACUUACUACGAGAUCCGCUCAUACUGCAUCAAGCCUGAGCAUAACACCACCUUCCUCAAACUGUUAAAUGAGAAGAUUCACCUGCGCACAGCUCAUUCUGAGCUUGUGGGCUUCUGGACUGGAGACUACGGUGCCUUCAACCAGGUCUUCCACAUCUGGAAGUAUGACAGCUAUGCCCACCGGGCACAGGUGCGAGCCGCUGUGGCCACAGACCCCCAGUGGCAGGAACAGUUCAUCUCAAAGGUCUUGCCCAUGCUGGUGUCGCAGGAUGUUGAGGCUGCCUACCUGGUGCCUUGGAGUAAAAUCCAAAAGCCUACAAAGAAAGGUGUCUACGAGCUGGUGACGUUCCAGAUGAAGCCUGGGGGUCCGGCCGUGUGGGGGAAGACCUUCCAGGCGGCUAUCAGCGCUCGCACCGGCGCCGGCUACUCCCACUUGGUGGGUGUCUUCCACAGUGAAUUCGGACUCCUCAAUCGAGUACAUGUCCUGUGGUGGUACGAGAGCCAUGACCAGCGGGCAGCGAUUCGGCACACGGCCCACCAAGACGCCCGCGUGGUGGCGGCAGUGAGGGAGAGUGUGUCGUACCUGGAGUCCCAGAGUAACAAGCUCCUGCUUCCUGCUCCGUUCUCCCCCCUCCAGUGAGCACAGCCCCUGGCACUGAAUCCAAGGCCCUGCCUGUUACAGCGGCUUCCUGGGCUGAUUUAUUUUUUGUGCACUUGGAGGCAAAUCACAUAAAUUCUACAUGUAGUUUGCAAACAGUUGCGAUUAUAGAUGCAGUGUAUGCAGUUUGCUGUUGCUCGAACCCUUAUGCUGAAAGUGCCGACGAAGUGGACCUCAAAGAAGAUUUGCAAGAGCCAAAUGGCUUCAUUUCAGCGCCCCUCCUUUGUCAAAUCUCCACCCUUUUUGAUCUCCAGUGGCCUCCUAAUGAAAAUGUGCAUCAAAUGUCUGAAUAUUGUGAUUCUUAAAAAGAAAUUCUGUUGAUUGACAUGUACGUCACGUAUGCUGUCAAAUUGUCUUUAAAAAAAACGGCGAUCUGUGUCACCAAACUGGUCCACAGCCCCCUUUAAGACACUUGCAGUUUUCGUUAUGACUCUGUGGUGUUGGGGUGGCAUUUCAGCAUCAUUUAUUUUUUAUACUAUGGGGAUUUUUUUCACCAAUACAACCCUUUCAUAGCAAAAAUGUAAGUAUUUUAAUUGCCUUGGUCAGUAUUAGGUAAAUGAAGACAUAAGACAAAAUAAUGACGUUGAUCCCAAAACUCCUUAUUGGUCGUGUCAUGAUGAUAUUCACUGCUCAUGUUGUGGAAGAUGUCAUAGAUCCACCCUGAUGUCUCUGCUGUCAUGAAGCACAUGUUGUGUGGGGGUGUACUACAGUGUUUAUUACUGUGGGGGGGGGUGUGACCCCGUGACUGUGGCCCAUUAGUGAUGUGAUUAUGUAGAUGACUUUAAAAUAAAUGCUUGCCUUGUCUGCA